AACGGAGAAAAAAGCCAAAGAUGUCAACCAAUAAUUCUUCCAUAGUGGGCACUGGCCAGAAGUAUAUCGAGCACUUAACAUUCGGAUGGAUGGACUACACUCUGUUCUUCAUGAUGCUCAGCAUCAGCGCCGCAGUCGGUGUCUACUUUGGAUUCUUCGGCAAAAAGCAAGACACGAAGAAGGAAUAUCUUUUCGGUGGUAAAGCAAUGAACUACUUUCCAGUCGCCAUGAGCAUAACUGCAGGUCACGUAUCGGGUAUCACACUAUUGGGAAUCCCCUCUGAGGUUUACAAGUACGGGACUCAGUACGCAGCUUGCAUAUUCACCACCAUCUUCAUGUGCUUGUUGACCUCGUACAUCUUCCUUCCGGUCUUCCAUAAGCUCCAGCUGUCCAGCACUUUUGAGUACUUGGAACUAAGGUUUGGCAGGAUGGUUCGACAGUUUGCCUCAGUUCUCUAUACCAUAUCUUUGAUUCUUCAUACGCCCCUUGUUAUCUAUGGACCCGCACUGGCCUUUGCCCAGGUGACCGGUUUUGAAAUGCAUUACGUCGCUCCUGUUAUAGGAGGUGUCUGUAUUUUCUACACAACUGUAGGUGGACUCAAAGCCGUGGUAUGGACUGACACGAUUCAGUUCACCGUCACAAUUGUCACUCUUUUUAUCGUUCUUACCUUGGGUAUCAUCUCCGUUGGCGGUAUUAGCGAGAUCUGGCGGAUAUCCGGGGAAGGAGGUCGUCUGAUAUUUUUCGAUAUGAAUCCCAGUCCAUUCGUUCGAAGUAGUUUCUGGGCAGUAUCUCUUGGUCUGACAACAUCUUGGGCUGCUAACAUCAGCGUUAAUCAAGGCAGUAUGCAGAGAUUCCUUGCUGUGCCAACACUUUCGGAAGCUAGAGUAUCCAUCUGGGUACUGUGUGUAGGAUUGGUUACCGCAAAGUGGAUAUCCGUCGCCACUGGUCUGAUAAUAUUUUCCAAAUAUCACGACUGCGACCCGGUUACAGCAAAAAUUGUAGAGAAGGCAGAUCAGAUGUUACCCUAUUACGUAAUGGACGUCGCAGGAAACAUUCCUGGACUGCCAGGACUCUUCAUAUCCGCUCUUGUGAGUUCUGCCUUAUCAACGAUGAGCGGUGGAUUAAACACGGCAGCUGGAACCAUAUGGGAAGACUUCAUCUCCCCCUGGAUUCCAGAGAAUGACAAAAAAGAAGUAAUGGCCACAAGAGUGAUGAAGGUGAGGAACCGAGUAGGAGUGACUGUAGUUCUCGCUUGCUCUUGCCCGAUCACCGUUGUGUCUGUAAUGAUUCCAGAAGGCGGAUGCUGUUCUGGACCCGGGUACAAAAGCCCCUUGGCAGCCAUGCUUGAGGGACCUAGAGAAGAGAUCAUCUACGUCGUCUGCAUCCAGCCUGACCCCACGAAACCCGAUGUUCUUGCGACCGUCGACGUGGACCCGAAGAGCUCAACGUACUCUCAGAUAAUCCACAAACUCCGAAUGCCGAAUGUUGGGGACGAGCUCCAUCACUCAGGAUGGAACAUUUGCAGCAGCUGUUACGACUCGCCGAAGAAACGGGACACUAUGGUUCUUCCCAGCCUAGUUUCGGACCGCGUCUACUUUGUCGACCUCUCCGAGGAGAGAAACCCGAAGAUCAAGAAGAUCUUGGAGCCAGAAGAGAUGCACAAAUGGGGUCUGGCCACUCCACAUACCUCCCACUGCUCGCCAACGGGUGAAAUCAUCAUUUCCACGAUGGGAAAGCCUAACGGUGAUGCCCUGGGCUCGUUCCUGACGAUCGACAGCAACACUCUAGAGACGACUGGCGCUUGGACAAAAGACGAGGCUGCCUUCGGAUACGAUUUCUGGUACCAGCCUUAUCAUGACGUCUUGGUAGCCAGCGAGUGGGGAGUGCCGAGAACCUUCAAGAAGGGUUUUGCACCUGGUCACGUCACGGCAGAAACUUACGGAAAAAGUUUGAACAUCUACUCGUGGACGGAGCGGAAACUUUUGCAAACCCUAGACCUUGGCGAGGAAGGCUUCGCCCCACUGGAGACGCGGUUCUUGCACGACCCAACCUCGGCCGAAGGCUUCGUAGGGUGUGCAAUACACUCGAACGUCUUCCGGUUCUUCAAGAAAUCUGGAGGCGAAUGGACUGCUGAGAAGGUCAUCAGCAUUCCGGCGAAGAAGGUGGAGGGCUGGAUAGCGCCGUACAUGGAAGGCAUGAUCACAGACAUCAUACUCAGUCUUGACGACAAGUAUUUGUACCUGACGAAUUGGCUUCACGGUGACGUUCGGCAGUAUGACAUCACCGAUACUCGCAAUCCAAAACUGACCGGUAGGAUUUAUCUCGGAGGAAGUAUUCUUUCCGAUGGAAAAGUUCGCGUCGUGGACGAUAAGGAGCUGGACAAGCAGCCUGAACCCGUCUUCGUCAAGGGACGCCGACUUCACGGAUCUCCCCAGAUGAUCCAGCUCAGUCUCGAUGGCCGUCGCCUCUACGUCACCACGUCCUUAUUCUCACCCUGGGACAAACAGUUCUACCCUGAACAAGUCAAACACGGAUCUACUAUGGUGAAACUCGAUGUCGAUAUUCAGAACGGAGGCAUGACGCUGGAUAAAGAUUUUCUCGUAGACUUUGGAGCCGACAAGGACGAAAUUCUAUUGGCUCACGAGAUGAGAUACCCAGGCGGAGAUUGCACUUCGGACAUCUGGCUUCCGGAGAAAUGAGAGGAUGAUCACAUUAUGUAAAAAACUGACUUGAAUUUAAUCGAUGCGAGUAACCGAGGAGAUUCACAAAGCAAUCAAUGGGACCGAAUUAAUCUGCGUGAUGAUAUUUUAUACUGUAUUUUACUAUGAAGAAGAGAUGAAAUAAAUAUUAAUCUUUGAAAAGGGAUAUUGUUCAAGAAA